CGAAUUAUCUCAAUAUAUACCAUAUAGACAGAGAGAAACACAGAAAGAAAGAGUAAUGGCAGCGCUGUUCAUCAAGCAAGCAAAGCAGUAUGCAGAGACUCGCCCAGAUUACCCAAAACACUUGUUUGAAUUCAUCGCCUCCAAAACACCCUCCCACAAUCUUGUAUGGGACGUUGGCACCGGAAGUGGCCAGGCCGCCCAAUCCCUUGCUGGGAUCUACACGAAUGUUAUAGCCACGGACACAAGCUUGAAACAGCUCGAAUUAGCUCCAAAGCUCCCAAACAUCCGUUAUGAACAUACACCUCCAGUCAUGUCAAUGGCCCAAGUUGAAAAACUGACCCCACAAGGAAGCCUGGAUUUGGUUACCAUAGCUCAGGCCCUUCAUUGGUUCCCAACCCCAACUUUCUAUGAACAGGUCAAGUGGGGCCUCAAGAAACCCCAUGGUGUCAUUGCUGCAUGGUGUUAUACAGUUCCAAGAGUUAACAACUCAGUUGAUCGAGUCAUGGAUCAAUUAUACUCCAUCGACUCCAAACCUUAUUGGGACCCAGCUCGGGGAUUUGUGGAUGAUGAGUAUAGGAGCAUUUACUUUCCAUUUGAGGGUGUGGAUGGAGGUGUUGAUGAUACAGGGCCAUUUGAGUUCGCGACAGAGAAGGUGAUGGACUUGGAUGACUUUUUUAUGUACAUAAGGUCGUGGUCAGCUUAUCAGACGGCUAAGGAUAGGGGUGUGGAGCUUCUGAGGAAGGAUGUGGUUGAGGAAUUUGAGAGAGCUUGGAAUGUUGAAGGUGGUUGUGACCACAAACAGAAGAAGGUUGUCAAGUUUCCUGUGUUUUUAAGGAUUGGAAAAGUUGGGAACAUCUAGGGAAUUAAAUAUAAUGUUAUAUUUUUUUUUAUUUUUUUUUUUAUCAUUGAAAUUUUUUUUGUUUUUUUAAAAAUUAGUUAAGGUUACAGGUAACAUUUUCUUGUAUUGAUUAUAACUUUGUCCAAUAAACUAUAAUUUAUUGAAUUAUAUGUC